UCCGCUUGUGUGUGUUUUGAGAGUGAGUCAGGGUUGAAUAUUGACCCUGGCUAAAACGCGGAUUGUCACACACACAAUACAGCGGCCUCCGCCAUGGGCCACAGGGCAACAGCGGCGUUCGUCACGUCGUAUGUGACGCUUCUCAGCAUUCUGGCACAGAGAAGCGAGCUCAACUCAUACCGGCGCUUGUACCGCACCGAGCUGAGCAAAGUGACCACCACAGUCCUGGAAUACGUCUCCGCUGAGACGUGCGCCAAAAGCUGCAGUCAGAGAGUGAAAUGCAGGGCGUUCCACUACGACAAGAUGAACAGGGUGUGCGGGCUGCUGGACUCCACAAGCCGCUCGCGCGGGGUCACGAUGCACUCUGACAUCCUCACCGAUCUCUACGAGAGAAAGGGAGUGCAUGCUGUGCGUGUUUCUCCCACGCUGCUCCCCCCGGCAGAAUACGUGAGAGGGUGCUACACAGGAAAUGGCUCCGGGUACCGUGGAGACAAGAAUUCUACGGAGAGUGGGCUGCCAUGCCAAGCCUGGGGUGACUCAGAGCCACACGACAGCAGGUACCUUCCAAGCUUCUACCCGACCUUUGACCUGGAAGGCAACUCGUGCCGGAACCCGGCCCAAGAACCCGGGGAGCCAUGGUGCUACACCAUGGACAGCAACCGGCGCCGCGAGCGCUGCGGGAUACCGCGCUGCGACGAGGUCCCGUGCGUGGAGUGCAGAGGCGAGCACUACCGCGGACUCGUCGACCACACGGACUCCCAGCGCGAGUGCCAGCGCUGGGACCUGCAGCAUCCGCACAAGCACAACUACUCCCCCGACAGGUUCCCAAAGGCUGGGCUGGAUGACAACUACUGCCGCAACCCCAACGGGCGUAUGCGACCCUGGUGCUUCACCACGGACCCCCACCAACCGUGGGAGUAUUGCAGCAUCAAGGCAUGCCCGACGCGGCCGGCGAUGGAGGGGCGGCCGUGUCUGGAGGAGCGGGGAGAGGACUACCGCGGGCGGGUCAACCACACCAAGGGCGGCAUCCCCUGCCAGCACUGGGCCACCCAGCACCCGCACCGACACACGUACUUGGAGCACAACUAUCCCUGCAGUGGACUGGACAGGAACUACUGCCGCAACCCGGACGGCAGGGAGGAGGCCCCCUGGUGCUUCACCGUGGACCCGAGCGUCCGCAGGCAGCUCUGCUCCCACAUCCCACGCUGCGCCCAGCCGACUGCAGCGUCGUUGGCAGAGUGCUACAGCGGAUCGGGCAUGGCCUACCGGGGCGGCGUCGCCACCACCCGACACGGCCGGCAGUGCCAGGCGUGGAAUGCGACCUUUCCUCACAAGCCCUGGUAUACACCCAAGAGCCACCCUGGAGCUGGGCUAGAAGGUCACUCGUGCCGUAACCCCGACGGGGACCCAUGGGGGCCUUGGUGCUUCACCUCUGACCCCCUUCUUCCCUGGGACUACUGCAGCGUGGAAGCCUGUGAUGGACACGACCUACACAUACCCAAUACAUCCAUUGCUCUUCCUUCAAGGAAGCACAAUUGCGGCCUGAAGAAUCCAAGCCAAUCACUGCUGGUGCGCAUUGCAGGCGGAAGGCGCUCUCACUCGCCCUGGACCGUCAGCUUACGCAACCGGAAGAAGAAGCACUUCUGUGGAGGCAGCCUGGUGGAUGAACGAUGGGUGCUGAGUGCCCGCGACUGUUUCGUCUCUUGCCCCGGGAACAUGUCCGGGUUCGAGGCCUGGCUGGGCAUGGCGAAGGUGAAAGAGGGAACCCACGAGCGCAUGCAGGCCGUGCCGUUCUCGCACAUGUUCUGCGGACCGUACGGAUCCAAGCUGGUCAUGCUGAAGCUCUCCAAGCAGGUGCUGCUGAACGGUUCCGUGGCUACGAUCUGUCUGCCAGACUCCCACGAAGACCUAGAUCUCCAUGGUGAAUGUGAGAUCUCUGGCUUUGGAGAUACCCAAGGCACCGGUGAUGAAGGCUUCCUCAAGACGGCGUUCGUGUCAUUGGUCGAUGCCGAAAAGUGCGGACAGCAACACAACCGGCACAUCCGACAACGUGAGAUCUGUGCGGGAAAGGGGGACAGGAGCGGCGACGCCUGCGAGAAGGACUACGGAGGCCCGCUGGCCUGCGUAGACAACAACGAGCACUUUGUCCUGCAAGGGGUGAUGCCUCCGGCUCCUGGCUGUGGCUUGACCAACCUGCCUGGCGUCCACAUCCGUGUCUCCCACUACCUGCACUGGAUACACAAGAUCAUCCGCACAACAUGACUCGUCCCGCGCAUUCCCACUCGCUUCACGUUAAUGUCAAAAUGUUAUUAAAUUUUCCAUUACAGUACAAUCAUUUAACUUUCAUUUUUUUUACAACAUAAUAUUAA